UCCUCACCCCGGAGCUCCAGAGGACACAGAUCAAUGUGAAUUCUUCCAUUCACCACUCACUGCAGCGCAGCACAUCUCCCCCUCCAAGCAACAUUUUAAUGGCUCGAGCUGAGCUCAGCAUUGGGCUUCUGCUGUUGCUGACCUGUUGCUUAUCCAAUGCACAGGGCUGGAGUUGGCUGUGGGGGGGUUCGAAGGAAGAAACCCUCCCACCCACAGAAGCUGCUGGUACUACUGAGGAGCAGACGGCACAGCAACUUGCCACGCCUGAGGCUGCCACCCUGAACACCCCCCUGGAAAGCACUACCCAGCAGAAGGGAAGAGUGUGGACUAUAUUCACCCUGAAGAGGCCGGACUUGACUGCAACCACAACGAUCCCUACAGCUACAUCAUCUUCUGAGCGGGAAAGCAGAGAAGGAAAUAUUGCAGGGGUAGGGGCUGAAAUAUUAAACGUUGCUGAGGGAAUCAGAAAUUUGGUUCAGCUCUGGGACGAGAAGACAACUACAGGGACGGAGAGGACCGAGGCACCUGCAACAGCUGAUCUUCUGACAGCAGCUCCCACCCCUGUGACGGAGGCAGUGAGCAUCCAGAAUGCUACUGCCAACUCUACCGGCAAUGUGCAGACCUCCCUGGAAGCUGGGCAGCCAGAGCUGGUUCUCUCAGUGACUACAAAGCCUGCUGUUCUCUGGAACAAGACUAAAGUCCUCUUAAAGAAGCCUGAGACUCCACCCCCAGGUAGUGCUUCUUUCUCAUUUUCACCAGAUGAUCAUGCUGGUGGCACCAGGUUGGCUUUUCAAGAAUCCACAGAUGCGGGGCAAGGAAGUGCCACCACCCCAGGAACAAGGGCACCCUGGGGAGCUUUCGCGGAAAAACAAGGAAUUUUGUCCAGUGCAAAUGCUUUGGGAUUGCAGGAGCUUCAGGCUAAUAGCAGCCGCAUGCAUGCUGGAAUUCCAUCCAAGGUGGUGGGUGCUUUAGACAACCGGCUAUUCAGUUAUGUUGCAGAUCCAGACAAAUCAGUCUCUAAUGGCAAUAGAACCCAUCUCAGCCUUAAAAGCCACCCCUUCCUUAAGCAUUCUGGGAUAGCCAUAGCUGAUGCACAUAAGAAUCGCUCUAGUGAUUCUGUUUCUAAUUCGAAUGCAAUUAAUGUUAUGGAUUUCCCCCCUGCCAAUAACUCUGACUCUCCUGAGUUUCUACUAACCUACACUACGCAACAUUUUAGCAAUAGUAGCACAGGGCUUCCUUCCUUCUUUCCUGGAUUGACUCCAACAGCUGGCCACUGCUUGCCCUUACCAACCAAUCUGUCAUAUUGCAACAACCUGGGCAUGAAGCGUUUCCGAGUCCCGAAUUAUUUGCAUCAUGGCAGUGAGGAGGAAAUUCGGGCUGCUUUGCAUGAGUGGGAGGGGCUUCUUAAAACUCGGUGUCACCGCUACUUGGAGUGGUUUUUCUGCUUGCUGCUGGUACCUGGGUGUAGUGCUUCUCUUCCAAUAACACCUCCACCAUGCCGGGGAUUUUGUGAGGCCCUGAAAGAUCUGUGUUGGAUUCAUUUGAAAGAGGGGCAUCUUCCGAUAUCAUGUGACUCUCUCCCAGCGGAGGAUGGUGUAUAUUCAUGUGUGUUUGUUAAUGUUUCAGCAGAAAACUUCAGCACAGAAGUUGGCCUCUUGGAGCUGAUUGGAGAUCCCCCACCAGACCAGAUAACCAAAGUGUAUGGCCCAGACAACAGCCCUGGCUAUGUGUUUGGACUGGAUGCCAACACUGGACAAGUGGCACGUUACCACCUCCCCAGCCCUUUUUACAGAGACUUCUCGCUCUUGUUCCAUGUGCAGCCCACCACAGACAAGGCAGGGGUCCUUUUUGCUAUCACAGAUGCCUCCCAGUCAAUCAUUUAUGUUGGCGUGAAGCUAUCAGAGGUGAAAGAUGGAAAACAGCAGAUCAUCUUCUAUUAUACGGAGCCUGGCUCUCAGAACUCCUAUGCUGCCGCUGCAUUCACAGUGCCUUCCCUAGUCAAUCAGUGGACUCGCUUUGCCAUCAGUGUGGAGGAUGAGGAAGUCGUUCUCUACGUAGACUGCGAGGAGUUUGAGCGGGUCCGUUUUGAACGCUCGCCUGAUGAGAUGGAGCUGGAAGAUGGCUCAGGGCUUUUUGUGGCACAAGCUGGAGGAGCUGAUCCCGAUAAAUACCAGGGUGUAAUUGCAGAAUUGAAAGUGAAAGGAGAUCCUCACGCAGCUGAUGUCCAGUGUGAGGAAGAUGAUGAUGAUUCUGAUAUGAUAUCUGGAGAUGGUGGAAGUGGAGCUGAAGAAAGGCUGCAGCCGUCGGAAAAGGUAAAGGUAUCACUCUCAAGUCUGCCAGAACCACCACCUGUCACUUCUCCCCCAAUUGCCAAAAAGCCCACCCAGCCAGAAGAGAAACUCCACCUGCAAACUGAAUUAACCAAACUAGAAGAGGGGCCCCCAUUGUCUUCAGGAGUUGGAGUCAAAGGAGAAAAAGGAGACCCUGGUGAAAAAGGUGAACGUGGCACAAAAGGGGACUCUGGAGUUGGUGGAGUUCUGCAGACAAAUGGUGCUAAAGGUGAAAAGGGAGAAAAAGGAGAGCUGGGUGUUAAGGGAAAUGCUGGCUUCGGAUAUCCAGGCGCAAAAGGACAGAAAGGGGAGCCUGGUGACCAAGGGUCUCCUGGCCCUGCUGGGCCCCCAGGCCCUCCUGGGACCAUCGUGCAGCGCCCUGACGGUUCUGUGGUGGAGCAGGUUGCUGGGCCUCCAGGACCCCUGGGGCCACCAGGGCUGCCUGGGAAAGAUGGCUUGCCUGGAAAGGACGGAGAGCCUGGAGAUCCUGGUGAGGAUGGUAAACCAGGUGAUGUUGGCCCUCAAGGAUUCCCUGGGACGCCGGGAGAGCCUGGCCAGAAAGGUGAAAAGGGUGAUGCAGGCAUCGGUCCAAGAGGUUCUCCUGGGCCACCAGGGCCACCUGGGCAACCAGGAUUCAGUUCAAAACUGGACAAGUUGACGUUUAUCGAUAUGGAAGGCUCUGGUUUUGGAGGGGAUUUGGAAACCUUACGUGGCCCCAGAGGACAACCCGGGCCCCCAGGACCACCUGGUGUACCUGGCUUGCCAGGACAACCUGGAAGAAUUGGGACGGAUGGCAGUGACCUUCCAGGGCCCCCUGGCCUCCCUGGAGUGCCAGGUCGAGAUGGCAGCCCAGGACCUCCAGGGCCUCCUGGCCCUCCCGGUUCUCCAGGAAAAGAUGGGAUAGCUGGCCAGCCUGGACUGAAUGGAGCUAGUGGAGAACCAGGAGAACUAGGCCUCCCAGGAGCACCUGGACCUAAGGGCAGUAAAGGAGAUGCAGGGUCUCCGGGAGCACCGGGUGAAACUGGCCUGGCAGGCCUUCCUGGGCCCAUGGGUCCCCGAGGACAACCUGGUCCUCCUGGCCCACCUGGGCCAGCCUUUGGGCCUGGAUUUGAUGACAUGGAGGGCUCAGGGCUGCCAUUGGUUUCUGCUGUUCCUGGAGCACGUGGACCAGAAGGGCCACAGGGACCACCAGGGCUUCCAGGACUCAAGGGUGAUGUCGGCAGCCCUGGUCUCCCAGGUUUGCCUGGAGUGAAGGGAGACCCUGGAUUGGCAGGUCUGGAUGGUCGUCCUGGGCUAGAGGGUUUCCCAGGACCACAGGGGACAAAAGGUGACGCUGGAGACCCAGGGCCUAAAGGUGAACGAGGUCAAGAUGGAAUAGGACUGCCAGGUCCUCCUGGACCCCCCGGCCCUCCAGGACAAGUCAUCCUCCUGCCCAGUGAUGAUAAAACCUUACCUACUCUGCCAGGCCCAGAGGGCAAACAAGGGCAUGCUGGCUUCCCAGGGCCAGUGGGACCAAAAGGUGACACAGGAUCUGCAGGUGUUCCAGGCUCUUCAGGUCCAAAGGGUGAAAAAGGAGAGCCGGGGGUUAUAAUCGGUCCUGAUGGUACAGUCAUAGCAACUAAUCCAAAAGGAGAAAAGGGUGAACCAGGCCUGCGAGGACCUGUGGGACCAGCAGGACCACCUGGGCGGCAUGGACAGAAAGGAGAAAUCGGCUUUCCUGGAAGACCUGGCCGACCUGGUAUGAAUGGGUUGAAAGGAGAAAAAGGUGACCCAGCAGACGCAAGUGGAGGUCUGGGCUUAAGGGGUCCUCCAGGGCUCCCUGGCCCUCCUGGCCCCCCAGGUCCUCCGGGCAGCAUAGUGCCUAUUUAUGACAACAAUGCAUUUGGUGAAGUGGGACCACCCGGGCCUCCAGGAUUGCCUGGCUACCAUGGUUCUGCUGGUCCAAAGGGAGAAAAAGGUGAUGUGGGUCCUCCUGGGCCCCCAGGCCAGUUCCCUUAUGACCUCAGCAGAUUUGGCUCCACCUUCAGGGGAGAAAGAGGGGACAGAGGGGACCCAGGUCUGAAAGGUGAAAAGGGUGAACCAGGCGGAGGAGGAUUGUUUGGAUCAAGUGCUGUUGGACCCCCAGGCCCCCCAGGAUAUCCUGGUCUUCCGGGCCCCAAAGGGGACAGUAUUAGAGGGGCCCCUGGCCCUCCUGGCCCCCAAGGGCCUCCUGGCGCAGGAUUUGAGGGGCGCCCAGGGACCCCAGGACCCCCGGGUCCACCUGGCCCUCCAGGACCCCCUUCCUUUCCAGGACCCCAUAGGCAAUCGAUCAGUAUUCCUGGGCCACCGGGGCCGCCAGGACCACCGGGAACUCCAGGCACCAGUGAUGCAUCAUCUUCUGGGCUGCGAAUCUUGCCAACCUAUCAGAGCAUGAUGGGCAGAGCGCAUGAGGUGCCAGAAGGACAACUCCUUUUCAUCCGGGACAGAGAAGAGCUCUACAUCCGUGUCCGCAGUGGUUUCAGGAGAGUCCUUCUUGAGGAAAGAAUAUCUAUCUCUGGCCCUGGGCUGGACAAUGAGGUAUAUGAUAGGCCUCCCAAUGUCCACUACUCCCAUGGAGGAACGGCUUCAUCAUCUGGAUCCCAGCGCCCCUUCCAACAGCAUUUGCCUGUACAUUCCCACCGAGAAUACAGCGCCUACUCCACUGCCAAGCCCUGGAGAGGGGAUGAGAGUGUGGCCAACCAGCACCGCCUUCCUGAGCAACCCGCCAUCCACCAGCCACACCAGGGAGCCCAGCACCAGCAGGAGCCACUGAACGCCUUCUUCCUCAACCGCCAGCCUGAUGCCGCUCCUUCUGCCGUCCACACCCACCAUGACUUCCAGCCUGCUCUCCACCUCAUAGCCCUGAACGCUCCCCUGAGUGGCAGCAUGCGGGGCAUCCGAGGAGCUGACUUCCAGUGCUUCCAGCAAGCCAGGGAGGUUGGACUGACGGGCACCUUCCGAGCGUUCCUCUCCUCCCGACUGCAAGACCUCUACAGCAUAGUGCGCAGAGCAGACAGGGGCACGGUGCCCAUUGUCAACCUCAGGGAUGAAUUGUUGUUUAAUAAUUGGGAGAACCUUUUCUCCGGCACUGAUGCUCCAUUCAGAACUGGGGUUCGCAUCUUCUCCUUUGACGGAAGGGAUGUCCUGAGAGACUCUGCAUGGCCUCAGAAAUCCGUGUGGCACGGCUCUGACUCAAAGGGACGGCGGCUAACAGAGAGCUACUGUGAGACCUGGCGGACAGACGACACGGUGGUGACAGGGCAGGCUUCCUCGCUGGCGUCGGGCAAGCUGCUCGAGCAGAAGAGCAGCAGCUGCAAGAACGCCUUCAUCGUCCUCUGCAUUGAAAACAGCUUCAUGACUUCUUCCAAGAAAUAAAAAACGGCACACAACAAAAGCAUUGGCUGCAAGUGGAGGAAGGGAACCCAAAUGUUUUCCCUUAAGGAACAGGGGAAAUGGGCAAGCGGUUCCCACUCCCCACCCCCACCCCCCCACCAGGAUCAUGUGCCCAAGCAGUUCCGCAAUAUAUCAGUCAAGCAGAUGAAUGAGUGACAAAGCCAAAGAGUGUCUUCCAGCGCAGCUCUGGUGCUGAAUGUUUUGUGUCUUUCCUCCUGGCCUGGCUGCUAUGAAUCAUACCUGCCUGCUGGAGGGGCUGGAGCAGAACAGGCUUGUGUGCAAGGCAAUCUCCAGGCAAGUGUGGUACAUGGAGCAGUUAACUCUCUUUCUCUCUCUAAUCCUGCUCAUGUUUAACCCUUGAAUUGUUUGUGUGUGUUAAGCUUCCCUGUUUGCCUCUCUCCCCCCAUUCCACUCAGGUGGCCCCUUAAAAAAGCCAAGGCCAUGUUGGGAUAGGUCAGAAAGUCUAUUUAUUGUGGCUGACUUAACAUAAGGUAGCCCUCAAACAGCAGCGUCCCCCUUACUGUCAGUGUAGCGCUGCAGGUGUUUCUGCAUUACACAACCCGAUAACUUGUCACUCUUGGCACUGCCUGCCUUAUAGUGGGGACAUGGUGCUAAAUAACACAAGCUUAGACCCUGGUGGACAGUGCAUAAUUAUCAAAAUUAAGAUUUCUGUAAACACUGAGGUGGCUUUUCUGUUGUGUGCCCAGCAUAGUAUCAAAGGGGG